AUGUACUACACGGAUCCAUCACUAACUUCUUCCGGUAUCCCAUUUUAUCUUCCUCCAUCCGUCAACAAUUUUAGCACCGGUAGACCUCCCUAUCCUUAUCCCUCUGCAGCUACAUACGGUCCCUACAAUUCCUCCCUCCAGGAUCAGUAUCCCGUCGGAGAGUUGAAUAUCAGUAUGGCGGAAACCCGUGUCAAUAGCACCGAACCAAAAUUCGACAACAAUAACAACAACCACCACCACCACCACAACAACAACAACAACAACGAUAAUAAUAAUAAUGUUAAAGGUAGCACGGAGCAUCGAAACGUCAAUGACUUUGAGGUGUACAAAUACAAAUACAUAAACACAAAUAAUACUAAAAUUAACUUUAUUUAA